GGGCGCCGCAGAGGACGCGCUCCUGCACGAGCAGCUCGCCCUGGGCCUCCUGCAGCGGGGCCACGGCGUCGUGCCGGGCGGCGCCUCGCCGCGGGCGGGAGAGCCCGCUGGCGGCCAGCAGGAGAAGCCCGUCCGCGCACCGCCAGCCGCCGACGCAUCCUCGGCGACCGCGCCGUCGCACCAGCCUCCUGGAGCAGUCGGG